AUGACGGCUCGGUUUACAGAGUACGACCGCUGUGGGAAAGAACUAAAGGCAGCAAGGGAGGAUUUGCGCCUGGCCCAAAACCUGGCUGACAGGGGUCCCAAGAAAAAACGACCCGAGCUGAGGGUGAGAAUACAAGCCCGGAAAACAGAGAUUAAGGCGUUGGAAGAAAGGAGAAAGGUCCUUUUGGAAGGCAGUGGACUUUUCCGUGAAAAAUUGCUAAACAAGGACAGAUUCACCGCCAUGAAAUCCCCAGGGGCGGCCCUGCUCAUGGAAGUGACGUCAGGAGAUGGAACUAGUGACAUCAGUGGCAGAGAUGUGAUGCCAGAGGCAGAGUUAGUGACAUCGGCACCAGCAACAUUACAGUCUAUCCCGGCCAGCUCAGCCAAAAAGACCCCCCGGAUGGGUAAAGGUUACUGGAAGCUGAAUUCGUCCCUCCUGGAGGAAGUGGAGGUAAGACAGUCCUUUGAGGAUUUUCUUCAGAGUCAGGUACCUUUACUGGGCCUAUGUAGUAGUAAGUCAGAGUGGUGGGAGAUAUUCAAGAAGCGGGUUGCGGGGUUCUUCCACCAGCUCUCGAGCCUCAGGUCCCUGAACAGGUAUCGCCUGUAUCAGGGACUGAGGAGGAAACUCGAGCUUCUCGUCUCGACUGGAGGUAGCCGAGAGGAUAUCUCCAGAGUGAAAUCCUUGCUGAUGGGGUGUCAGUAUGAUAGGCACGCAUCUUUGGUUUUUGAGAGGGAUUACGGGAGGUACCGCUCGCCCGACCCUUACAGAAACUGUAAGAUGUCAGUGAGUACAGCUCAGAAAUCCCCGUCUGGACUUCCUGAAAGGGAUCAGCCCACAGAGUCCUCUAUAUAG